CGGUGUAGGCUUUUGCGGAUUCUUUUUUUGCUACAGUUGAUUCUUACUGGUUUACAACAAGCAGUUGCAGUGCCUAUUAGGCCUAGGAUAAGAUCAUGCCGUAGGUUGCAGCGAAACACUGGUUGGUGGAACCUCGUUUGGACAGUAUAUUCCGAGAAAAGGUUUAAAAAGACAUUUAGAAUGACUAGGCAAACAUUUUCCUUAAUUCAUGAUAGAAUCAAGGAUGAUUUAACGAAGGAGAGCGUCACAGAAGAACCAAUUCCAUCCCAGAUGAGACUAGCAAUUUGCUUGUAUCGACUCAGUAGAGGAGACUACUACAAUACCAUUUCAGAGCUAGCUGGUGUCGUUGAAACAACUGUGUGCAACAUAGUGAGAGAGGUAGCUAAGGCAAUCAUUGAAAAUUUAUGGGAAGAAUUUGUUGAGGCCAAAUUUCCACAUAGCAAGGACACGCUGAAUGAGAAAAUGAAAGAAAUGGAACAAGAAUGGCAGUUUCCUUUUGCAUAUUCUGCAAUUGAUGGGUGUCACAUACCAAUUAAGUGCCCACCUGGUGGCCAAGAGUCAUGUAAAGAAUUUCAUAAUUUUAAGAAUUUCUACUCAAUCGUUCUAAUGGGAAUGGUAGAUGCCAAAUAUCGAUUUAUAUGGGCAAGUGCUGGUUGGCCUGGCAAUUCACAUGAUGCCAUAAUCUUUCAAGCAACAAACCUUUAUACCAAACUAGCUGAAGGUACAGCCUUUCCACCUAUUGCCCAUCAUGAGAAUGGCGUCAGUAUUCCACCUUUAAUCCUGGGAGAUUCUGCCUUCCCCUUCAAGCCUUGGCUGCUGAAGCAUUACACAAAGCCAGAGCAGAGCUAUUUCAAUUAUAGGUUGAGUCGUGCACGCAUGGUAACAGAGUGUGCAUAUGGACAACUGAAAGGUCGAUGGAGAGUCUUGCUCAGGAAGUCUGAGAAUGAUAAGGAAACAGUACGUGCAGUUACACUAGCUUGUGUAGUACUACAUAACAUUUGCAUCGAACAAGGAGAUUUGGCUCAAAGGCAAUGGGACCUCUCCAAAGAUUCAGCAUCAAAUCAAAGACGUACACAAGAAGAAGUCCAAGACCUUCUUAUGAUAAGGCAAUGCAGACCUCUAAGAGAUACAAAUCGUUCUGCAGCACAGGUUCGUGAUUAUUUGAAAGACAAGUUAUUUUUAGAAAAGCAGCAAGUUUAGGGGAUGCAAAGCUCCCAUACUUUCAAUACUCUCCCUCCCUAAAUAGUAUCCCCCCUAACUCCAAAAUUUUACAAAAUUACCAUCUAUUUCCAUUUAUUAAAACCCCCCUAAAAAGGAAAAAAAUGCUUUUUUCCAUCCACCCCCAUUUAUUAGACAACAUCCCAAAGGCUUUUGGCAGCUAUUUUUGAUAUUUUGCAAGAUUCAAGGGGCUAUUAGAAGCACUGAUUGGCUUUUACCCCAUUUGAGAGCAGAACGCUGAUAGGUUGUUUACAUUUUUCCUCCUUGUUAUAUGAAUUGGUAUAGUAUCUUUUAGUAUCGAAAUAUCUUUUCAACAAAAUGUAAAAAAGUUAAUGUUACCCCCCAACUAUUAACAUCACACCCCUAUUUAAGCGCUGCAUGACAAAAUCAACCCAUUUCCAUUUAUUAACACCCUCCACAAUUAUUUAUCCUGGGCAAAUUUCCAACUGCCUCUUUUUAAUAAGUCCCCCCUACUAUUAGGGGAUGGAGAGUAAGCUGCAUCAGCUUUGGAAAACUGACAAAGUUUCAAUUAUAAUUCUUGACAAUUGUGAUUUCUGGAGCCACUUUGACACUAUUUAUACACUACUUAUGUUCUUAUGUUGUACAUUGUAGUUUGUAUUAAAUAAUGUUUCUUAUGUAAUUACUUGUAGAUUGGAUUUAGGAUUAAUUGAUAGAUGAAUGGAAACUGAAACUGAAAACUGAAACUGAAAUAUGAUGUGAUUCUAAAUGUUUAUAGCUGAAAUAAAUCAUCUGACUGGGAUUGAUGUUCAAAGUUUUGAUUCCUUGGAGGAUAAUUAUCUUGUGGAGUAAAUGCUUGUCGAAAUUGUUGUCUUGGAUCCAUACUGUAUGACUGCUGCAUGUUUUGGGGGAAAUGUUGAUAAGAAGGAGGCUGUGGAACUGGUGGUUGGAAUUGCUGCUGUGCUUGAUUUCCAUUGAACAUCAUUGUGAGUAAUCUCAUUUCAUGUUCUCUUGAUCUUUGAUUCUCUCUCUCAAGAAAUGCUAGCAUGUCAGCCAUUGGGUCCUUUUUUAGCUGCUCAGUGACCUCAAGGAUUGCUUUUGAUGUUAUUUUUACCAGAUCAUCAAGCUUUUCCUUUUUUCCAGCUGCCUUUUUGAUGGGAACAAAUGGCCUCUUCUUUGAAGGAAGAUUUGCUCUUGUGGGAGUUGAAGUUCCUGAGGAGGUCUCUGGUGAAGGACCUUGGCCAAACUCAUUGUUGUUGUAGCCCCCCUCUUCAUUUACAUGAUUCACUUCAGUUGAGGUUGGACUUCCUUCUUGACUGUCAUGUGAACAAGUUGAUGGUUCAAUGGCCUGCUCUGGCUGACAAGAUUCUCUGGACUUGACAAGAGGCAGCAGUUGAUUAAACUAUUUUCCAUAGUCCCUGUCCUCCUGAAAUCGCUUUAUGCCAGAUGCAGAUUUGCAGGUUAAGGCAGCCUUCUUGCACUCACUCACGCACUUCUUGAACUUAUUUCUAGUUUGGACAAGGCUGAACUUGUAUUCUUGUCUCCUAGCCUGGCAACGUUUCUCCACCUCUUUGAUUACCUCAAUAUGUAAACACAAAAGUUGCAAAAGGAAUCAGCAUUUUAAGUAAAGUAAGACAAUUUGUUCCACAAAGAGUAUUGCUAAACAUAUACAAUGCAUUUGUACUACCAAAUAUUCUUUACGGUCUUUUAAAUUGGGGAAAUGCAUCUAAAACCACUCUUGACCCAAUUAAUAAAAAAAUAAAAAAGCCAUAAGAUUAAUAACAUUUAAAAGUAAAACUGAGCACAGUGAACCUCUUUUAAAAUAUCUAAACCCUCUUGAUCUUGAAGAUUGUUAUAAAUUCAAAUGUGCUAAAAUUAUGUACAAUUUAAAUAGUAACAUUUAUAAUACUACUUUUGGGAAAUUAUUAAAAAAAAUCCAAAGACAUUCAUAACUUUAAAACAAGGCAUGCUACAUCAGGGAAAUUUUUCAAACCAUCCUUUACAACAAGCUAUGGUAAAGGUUCUAUAACAAAUUCUGGUGUUGAUAUUUGGAAUUCCAUUCCAAAAGAUAGAAAUUCCUGAUUUCAAAAUACUAGAACCUAUGAGUUAUAUAUCGAUCAAAUUCAUG